AUGGCCAUGGUGUUUGUGACCAAACGAGAAUACUUUGAAAGAAAGAAACUUAAGUCAAAAAUGAAGCUCCUGGAAGUAUCGUCUCCUAAAAGUUCAGCAGUCAGUUUGGAUCUUCUUAAUCUAUAUGUGGUUAACCAGAUAUCAACCAAAAAAGAAAACACUGAGAACUUGAGGAAGCCAGUCCACAUUGAUAUCACUGAAGAUGAAAAAAAACCCAUCAGGAGACAUAACUUAGAGCUUCCCACAUCACCCCCACGUACACAACAUAAGUCAAACUUAGAUGAUCUCCAGAGCAGGUUACAAAAGCAAGUUUUGGAAAGCAGAAGACAACAUCUCUCAGAAAAAGUAAAAAACCAUCAUAAGCUCAUUCCACAAGUAAUGGAAUUAGGCUAUGUUGAUUCUAGUGUGGAAAAUGAAGACAACUUGGCAAGAGUUUUUAGUGCUUGUCCAUUGCCCUCCUCUGGUUUUCAGUUCUCUGACUGUACACAGCUUUCAGAAGAAAAUUUCAACACAAAACUAAUGGGCAAUGUUUGGGAACAGAUCUAUGAAAAAAAGCUGCAAAACCAGCCAGGUAACAGCUUUGAUCAAGACACUUGGAAUACAAACCCUCCAAGCCAGUGUAUUUUCAGGAAGUCUGAUACAAUGCCUCAGGAGCUGUUCAAGCCAUUUGAUAGGCCAGACUACAUGAAUUCUGCCAGGAAAAAUCCAGUGAUAAUAGCCAGUAAUGAAUCAGAAAACUAUGAAAGAAUAAAAGAACCAAUAUUUGAUGUUGUGAAAGAAACUGCAGGAUUGAAAGAUGGAAGUGGUUGUUCCUUUCUGGCACUAUUUGAAGAAGAGAGCCAACCAAUCCAUAAUAAUCCUUCCACCAAGCAUUUUAAUCCUUUUUCUAACCAAAGCAAUAAUGACAUUUUUUUCACUGUUCCUGAUGUUCGAAAUCAAAUUACCAACAGAAAUUAUUCUUGCGACACUAGAAGGGUUUAUCCUGCAAUCAAUGCAAAAGAAGAUUCUGUAGACAGACACCUUGAAGGCAUUUUCACAGCUCCAGAACAGGUUUUCCUUAAAAGUAAUAAUGUGUCAAGUACAAGCUACAAGGAAACAAGUGCACUUCAUAAAACACACCGGCAGAACUGUCAUGAGGGACAGCACUACUUCAUGCCCUGUGAACAGAGAGAAAGAAGAGCAAACCUUGAAAAAAUUGAGACAUUAGCUUAUUACCAUGAUCAGCAGAAUAUCUUAAAGGAGAAUGUGCAGAAUUAUUCAAGAAAAAAAAGUGACGACAAGUCUGUGAAGGAAACAGCCUGGAACCAGAACCAUGUCUUUGUAUUUGAAGAGUUCACAACAGCACAAGAGAAAGGGUGUAAGUUUGGACUGAGUUCAUAUCUUCAAGAGAUGGAUGUGGACUCACCACUCAGCAGCCAGUCUUACAGUUACUCUCCAAGGCAGACUGAGAGCUAUUUGAGCUCUAGUCCUGACACAUCUGAAGAGGAAGACACAGGCAAAAAGAAGAAUUAUCUGAAUGAACAGUCCUUGAAGGCACGUGGUGCCAACCUGUUCUCAGCCUCAGUGAGCAGAGAGGCCCCCAAGAGCUCUCACACCCAAAGUGUGGGUAUGAAGCCCAGCAGCGCUUUGGCUAGAAAAGAAGCAAACAAUCUUCAGGAGAAAGACUCUAAUUUUUGUGCCAUAGAGGACGAAAACAAAACGCACGCAGCUCUGUCUCAGGGCCCAUCCCAGCACGCCCUUAGGAGGGAGCAUGUCGGUAGCAGCACCAGGUGCGAUGCGUGGUCGCAGACCGAGGGCUCCGUGACCGCAGGGAAGGUGGAUGCGGGCACCCAGUGCGGCGCGCUGAGGGUGUGCAGCUGCGGGGGCUCGCUGCCCGCCGCCCGCAGCCCGGGCACGGUGCCCGCUGCCCGCAGCCCGGGCACGGCCCGAGAGCGGCAAUGGCCGGCGCGGGAGGGGCGGCAGCCCGCGGGCAGCGGCGGCACAGGCGCCUUCUCUGCCGAGAGCGAGUACCUGAGUGUGGCCGGCAGCAGGACUCUGGAGGUGCUGGACUACAUUGAUAAAAUGAAGGAGAGAGAGAAGCAGUGAUCACCUGUAACGGCACGUUAGGAACACAGUAGUUUUGUCCUGUUCUCAGUGUAUUUCAUUCAGUUGGCAUUUUCUGAUUUUUCUAGCAUGGUUAGGCAAAAGAUACUUUUCCUGUUUGUUUGCUUUAACUAUCAAUAAUUAUGGGUUUCUGUCUACCUACUGCUAUCUCAAAGUAUGAGUUUCUAUAAAUAUCCAACUAUUAACAAAGUAUUUUACAACAACCUAGUAAAUAAAAACAUUGGGAAUUAUAUUGUUUUCCCCACCAUAUAUCUGUAGGAUUCUGUAGUUUAGAAUUGAUUGACUAUGUUUCUUUUAAGGUAAUAGGAAGAUGUUGUUCUACUUCAAAAAAUAUUUAGCGUGGCUCUGAGUUCAGAGCCAUUGUCUGAUUCUCACCCAUUUUAACAGAAAAACUUGCCUUUGUCAUGUGUUCAUACUAAACACAAAAAUUGGAAACAGAAAAUGUACAUCUGCACACAUAGAAUAGAAUGUAAUUUUAAAAGAGCUAAUUUAUUAAUUUUUUUAAAUGCUCAAUUUUCUUUCCACAGCAGAUCCAGUCAUUCAUUUUCUGGCUGUUAAUCUAAAAAAGUCUGUCAUGUGUUUCUGUAUUCUGUCUGCAAACUGAAAAU